CCUCGAGCGAAACUGUCGUUUUAGGACGGUUGUGAGUGACGCAACUGAAGCGGCCAACGCUAGGAGUUGUUCGGAAGAAAAGUCUAGAACAUUAGGCUAGGCUGAAAUCUCAAAUAAACAUGCCCCGCGUUUACAUUGGACGACUAAGUUAUCACGUCCGUGAAAAGGACAUCCAGCGGUUUUUCAGCGGAUACGGAAAACUGUUGGAAAUCGAUUUGAAGAAUGGCUAUGGAUUCGUGGAGCUCGAAGACAACCGGGAUGCCGACGAUGCCGUGUACGAGCUGAACGGGAAGGAGCUGUGCGGAGAGCGGGUGAUCGUCGAGCACGCCCGGGGCCCACGGCGAGAUCGAGACAGCUACGGUGGGGGUUACUGGGGCGGAGGGCGCAGUAGUGGUUACAGCAGCAGGAGCCGCUCUGGAAGGGACAAGUAUGGACCUCCAGUCCGUACAGAGUACCGUCUUAUUGUGGAAAACUUGUCGAGCCGCUGCAGCUGGCAGGACCUCAAGGAUUUCAUGCGUCAGGCAGGAGAGGUGACUUACGCCGACGCCCACAAAGAACGGACCAAUGAGGGGGUGAUUGAGUUCCGGACCCACUCUGACAUGAAAAGGGCCAUUGACAAGUUAGACGGCACAGACAUCAACGGCCGUAAGAUUCGGCUGGUGGAGGACAGACCUCGCAAACGAAGGUCUUACUCUGGAAGCCGCUCCAGAUCUCGAAGUCGCCGCCGCUCCCGUAGCAGGAGCCACAGGAGCUCAAGGAGCCGGUCCAGAUCUCACUCCAGAUCUCGAUCCCGCAGCAAGAGACGUGAUCGUAGUCGCUCAAGGUCUGAGAGGAAGUCUCGUUCCAAGUCAGGAGAGCGGAAAUCUCGCUCUCGCACCCGCAGAUCUCGUUCUGGGUCCCACAAGUCCAAAUCUCGCUCAGGGUCACGGAAAUCCCGUUCCCGCUCAGCUGACCGGAAAUCCAAGUCCCGCUCUAAGAGCCGCUCUAAAGUAAAGUCGGAUCGGGAUUCUCGGAGCAGAUCCAAGGAGAUGGAUGUUGGUGGUGAAGAGAAGAAGUCCCGCAGCCGGUCACCCUCCCCUGUUGAGAAUGGAAAGGAGGAGAGUGCUGCCAAAUCAGCUUCCCGCUCUCCGUCCCCACAGGAAGAGGGGCGACGAUCUAAAUCCAGAGAGAAACGUUCAGCAUCCCGCUCAGUGUCCCGCUCAAGAUCUCGUUCACGGUCUAGAUCAGCCUCUCAGGAUUAGAUGCGGAAAGUUUUUUUGUUUCUUUCGAGUUUUAUUAUAAUGUUGUAAAUAGAAGUGUCCCGGGCUUCUGCUUCCUUACUUGGUUUCUGUUCUCUCCUCAGUGUGCUGUUUUGACAUGUCAUCAAUAAAUGCACACCAUCAGGGCUCUGUGUUUGGAAUUGGUAUUAAACCCACCUCUGAAAAAGACAUGUCCCUAAUUUUUCUGAGUAGUCUUCCGGUUAAGACUGUUUGCUGUCCCACAAAUGUAAACUUUUUUUUUUUAAACCCCGUUUUCAUUUAAAUAAUUUAGCUUGCUUUGUAAGAACAAGGUGGAGUACUCUGGUCACCGUUGGUAAACUUGCUAGUGGUACACUGGGUGAUGUUUAUCAUUCUUACUUUCCCCAGAUAUCAUGUAAAGCAUAAUUUGUCUCAAACACAUUUUUUGUUUUGUACCAAAGUGUUUUAGUUGUGGGUGAAUGUUGAAGCUGAUGCAGGUUUUCUCUUUUCCUCGUGACUUUUUUUUUUUUUUUUUUUUUUUUUUGGACAAAGCUUUGUUGGAUGUGAACGCUUGAAACAUUAAAUUUACAGGGCGACGCGACAAACUACAUUGUAGUUGGGUUAAUAGAUUCUUUUUACACAAGUUGUACAUAAGUAGGGCUUGAUCCAAUGUAUUUACCCAAAGUUGGAUAAAUUAAGGCAGUGGAUGAGCGUCAGUAGACUAAUGCCUACAAUGCAGUGUUAAGUUUUCCUGAUGCCGUGGCUGACGCCCCAUUAGGAUUAGUUUUCCAUCUUUUUUUCUCUUGGUUUAAAGUGUGCUUCCCAUACUGCACUUCAUCACCAUAAUUGCAUUCUAAGCGGAUUUUUCCAUAGUGUGCAUUGGUUAUUGUAGAAAUGAGCUGAAUGCAGCAUUAUAAGCUUGCCCAAUUGUUUUUGCUCCCGAUGAUUUAAGAGAUUUUUUUAAAUUGUAUGUUUAAUUAAAGGUCUGAAAAAGU